CUUCGGCGGCAACAGUUUUAUCGUCUUGAUUUCGCUUAAAUUUCCGAAAAACAAAGUAUUGGGAUGGACUCCAACGACGAAAUGGAACCGUUGGUAGACGGAUCUGAUGAAGAACACAGGGAAGAAGUAGUGGAAACCGAGGAAGCCUACGUUCCGGAGGAACCAGGAAGUUCAGAACUAGUUCUGGAUGCUUUGACUGCUGCAGAGGCAGUCCUCGACGCUGCAGAGCAUCUGGAACCGGCCACGGAAACUCCAGCAGAAGAAUUAGAAUCAGCAGUGGAUCAGCAAGAAUCAGCGGUGGAAGCUCUGAUUGAACCAGUUGCAGAAGCUUAUGAAGAACAAGAGCCAUAUGUGGAAGCUUCGACAGAACCAGUUGCAGAACUCGAACAGGAACAGCAGUCUCCUGAAGCGCAACACCUAGUCGAUGAUAUCGAUUUUGUAGAUGAACAACUUUUCGAAGAAAUUAGACAGGAUGAGGUUAAUGAAAACGAUGGCGAACUGAUCGGCAUCGACCGGGAAGACUGCGACGAUUCGAAUCACGAUUAUCUGUACCAGGAGAUUGAAAUCAAGGAAGAAGAACUGGACAUCGAACCGGACGAUGAUCAGACGGUUCAUCUUGAUGACGAUCCAAUUAUGGGGAUGCCUUUUCCGAUGAAGGAUGAUUAUGAAACGGACGAAGACCUUGUGGAACCAAUGGUUCAAAUCCGAGACGGAACUCAACGAAGAAGACAUCGGAAACAUUCAACGUCAGAAACGGAUACAGCGGAUGAAGGAGAGGAUUGCAACGCGCCAUAUCAUAUCGCUGAACAUGCUUAUCAUGCGCCGCCUAGGCCAAAGGCAAAACCGAAAAAGGUUAAGAAGAAGGUUUCAAAAUCGAUUCCGAUUGCCACAUCUCCAUACAUGCCACGAAACGUGAGGGGUUUCCUAUCAACGAAAAAUUCCAUGCACCAUUGUUUGGAGUGUUAUGGUAAAUUCUUUUCGAUGGUAUCGUUCUUGAAGCACCGGAAGAGACACCCGAAGCAACCGAAUUUCCCCCAUCAAUGCCGAUACUGUCCGACCCGGUUCCGGGUUCAUCGGGACAUGAUGCCGCAUUUGUUGACCCACUCCAAGUUAGAGCAUCUCACCUGUCCGAUCUGUCCAACGCAGGUCCAUUCGGCAUUCGCCCUGGUCAAUCACAUGCAAAUACACAAGAAUCCAGCUGAGAACUACUAUUUCAAGUGCGUCACUUGCUCGGUACGAUUUUCCAGCUGCAAACAACUGGAGGAACACAAUCUGGUAUCACAUCCCCAGUAUACCACCGAGAAUCAAAAACUAUCGCGGACGGUGCACGUUUGCUUCCACUGCGGCAAGGUCGAGAGCACCUGGCCGGAACUGCUGCUUCACAUGCGCAUCCACAAGGGCCCCCUGGCAUGCACACUGUGUUUGCUGUCGAUGAAAACCAGUGACAGCUUCGCCGAACACGUCGUCAAGGUGCACAAGGACAUGGGCGAGCUCACCUAUCACCGGUGUACGAAUCCCUCCUGCCCGCGGGAGUUUAUUUCCACACGGGAACUGAAACAGCACGAGAAAAGCUGCCUCCCUCUGGGAGGUGAAUACCGGUGCGAGAUAUGCGAACAACUGUACCGUGAGCUGGACCACUUCAUCACUCACAUGCAGCUCCAUUCGAUGCUCUCGAAUGAAAUCGGACAAAAGAUGUGCCCGCACUGUGUCCUAACGACUAAAAGUCCCGCCGACUACGCGGAACAUCUGGUCAAUAAUCACGGCUACCGGGAUCGGAUCGAUACUCUGGAGAAGGUCUACGAAUCUUACCUGAAGACGACAGACAGCGAUGCCUCGGCUGCCGAAGAAGAUAGCGAUGUGCCGGAAGUGGUGCAGGACGAUGAGAACGAAGAAUCAAGUCAAAUCGACGGUGAUGUCCGUCAAGAGUGUGAACAGAGAAUUUCUAUGUUGUAAAUGGACUUUCUUUAGAUAUGUAGUGAAAGAAAUCCUUUCCUUAGCUAAGACGAUCGUGUAAAAAUGUAUUAAGCAAUGAAGCACCUUUAGCGUA